AUGGGGAACAGGGCACACCGCUCUACAGAGCUGGCUGUCCGGCUAGUAGUAGCCCAGGUCCAGGAGGCGUGGAGACAGAAGGGUGCGGCAUCCCUAUUGCAACUGGACAUCUCAGGAGCCUUUGACACGGUCAACCAUACCCGACUGCUAGCAACUUUGCGAGAAAUGGGCUUCCCGAGGUGGCUGGUCCUCUGGACGAGAGAUUGGUUGACCGGUCGAGAGGCCACCCUUCUUUUCGACGGCAAGACGGCGGCGCCGACGGCAAUUCGGGCAGAGGAGCAGCUAAAAGACGAGCACCCUCACUUGAGCUAUAACAGGUGGACCGAACAAGUAAACCUUGCCAACCCAGGGGGAGGCACCAGCCCCGUUAAACCAGAAGGGUCUGCCAGGUUCCUGGGAGUCUGGUUGGACUGGAAACUCAACUGGAAGGCCCACCUGGUGGCGGUGGAGAAGAAGCUGAGGACCCAGAGCUAUGCCCUGUCGAGGAUCGUGGCAAAGACAUGGGGGAUGGGGCUAGCCAAAGCGCGAGAAGUGUACACAAAGUGCAUCCGGUCGGCGCUGGCCUAUGGCGCAUCAUCGUUUCACAUCCCCACGGAUGUGGGAGGCGAGCCGGCAAAGAAAGGCAUCACUAAGGCCCUCGGGAAGGCCCAGAACAAGAGCUUGCGGAUUGUGGCGGGAGCCUUUAAGUCUACCCCCAUCCGUAACCUCGAGACAGAGACAUGGGUACCACCAUUGGACUUGGUAGUAGAAGAGGCUUGGAAAGCCAGGUGGUUAAAGGAACGGGACGGCAGGGCAAUCACCAGGCCGGCGGACGACUUUGACCAUCAGCAGGAGACGCUAUUCCGGAACGAAACCCUAAGGAGGCACGACGGUCUCAGCAAGGCAAAGAGCUCACUGCUGAUUCAAAUCCGGACGGGAGCAAUAGGCUUACGGGACUUCUUGUUUACACGGGGAGUCCCGGAGGUUCUGACUCCUGCCUGCGAGUGUGGCGAGGGACGAGAGACUGCCGAACACCUGGUAGUAUGGUGUUUGGCCCCACCGUUGACUAGAAGAUGGGAGAGAACUGGAAUUCGGACACGACGGGACUUUUACUCUGUUCUACACGGCAUCAAUCCCACGACUGCACGGCUCGCGAGGAGAGUUCUCGACUGGCUGAUGGACUCGGGGAAGCUGCCGAUGUACAACUUAGCCAGGAGGCUCGAGCUGGAAGCGGCGGCCUGA